GAAAACGUUUAAUCGUUUGAGUCAAGACAGAAAAUAUUCGCAAAGCGUUUGCUUUUGUGACGAAUGCAUGCUUCCGAUGCUUUCUUUGAAAUGAUGGAGACGUAGUGUCAUGCCUUUCUCGCAUUCCUUUUUGGGGAGCAGACUUUGUCCCGCGAAGGGCCAUUCGGGGCUGCUGGGACUCUGCGCUUUUGCCGCGUAUACCCACACAAAUUCAAUGCGUGAAAACGGAAGCGUCCUCAAAAGAGUGGCUCCUAUGUUCUUUGGGACGGCGAGGACUGAAGCCGUGUCCUUGUUCAAGGACCAGAAGGCUCAUGUAGGUUCGUGCUCCCCUCCUUUUCUGGACAAGAAACUUGCGGGAGGGCCGUUUCUCAGUUUUUUUAACGUGAGGAACUUUAAAGGACGUGCUUGAAGGCGGAAGUUUCGGCACGGAGACGCUUCGGUCAAUGUUCACAUCUCUCUUCCCUGUAUACCCUCGUACCCGACACGAUGAUCGAUCGCCUCCCCGAACUUCACCGCGUGGUGGCCGCGGAACGCAAUGAAGAAGAGCACCGGGAAUCGAGCUCACGGAACUUCUUUUCAGGUGAGACGUCAACUGCCAAGUUAAGCCACCCAGAUUCCCCUGACGAUAACAGUUUGGCACUGUCAGGGUUUCCGGGGAGCACAGCAGCGGCGACAGCCCUUCGCUACUCCAAGGCACUACUCUGUGUGGGCACUGCCUCUUCACCCAUCGGAAUUUCAAAGAAAACGCCGUCUGUUUCCACAGCCCCGUCGGAAGCUGCGCCGAGCUCUCCUAUUGUUGCUCCAUCCGCCUGCUCUCCUUAUCCGCCACUGUCUUCAUUUUUUCCGUCUCCUGACCCGUCGACUGAAGUGCACGGCUCACCGAAAGAUCAAACGGCUGGUCAGGAAAGGCACAUCACAAACGACCGUUCUGCUCUCCCGGUGAAUUCGCCGGACAUCUCAUGCUCGUCAGAGACGUCAGCUGACUCUAUGUCUGAUGCCUCUGAGUCGGGGCCUGCUUUCGCACGAAAACAGCGACUUGAAGGGUCGCAACGCGCCCCUUCGCUGGUGGGCUCCGAGGAGUCUGACCUCUCACCCGACGGAGACUCUUCUCUGUUCCCUUUUUUGCGGAAAGCCAAAGCCCUAAAGAUUGCGAUCAAUGAGGUUCUCCUCCUCCAACAACAGACUGGAUAUCUUCUUCUGCUUCAUCCACCUGGAGCCGCUGCUGCUUUGCAGCCUUACUGCUGCCCAGGAUGUACGCCGAACGGUGGUACCGGCGGAAUCAGUCAGGCGACAGGCGAUGCAGGACUCUGCUAUAACUGCGAACUCGCGAAUAACGUGCAUGCAGCCCAGCAGCUGCUCCAGCGGGCGCACAGCGCUCUGCGCCAACUCCAAAGGCAGCAUGAGGAAGACGAGCAGCGACACAGGGCUUUCCAGGAGGCCCAACAGAGCCAGACCGGACCCUUUUUGAAACACAUGCACAUGCAACAGGCAUCGGCAGCUUUUGCUGCAGAACUGCGCAUUCGAAGAAGCGUCAUUCAGCAGCAGCAACAACAACUUAAGGUGGCUCUGGAACAGCAGCAGCAACUUGAACAAGAUCUUCGCGUGCGUUGGGAGGGCGAAGUGUCUGCCGAGAUGCGAAUUUUAUAUCCUGAAGCUUCCGCAGCGGACCUGCAACAAGCAGUCCAGCGGAUCGGCGACAACACCUUCGAAGGUGAUCAGACGACCUUAGCAGUUGCUGCCACAGCUGCAGCGGCAGCGGGUUCCACCGAAGCGGCGGAUCUUCUGGCAGCCAAGUGUCGACAGCUUCAAAGACUCGGGGCAAGCCUCCUUGAAGUGCAGCGGAUGGUAGAGGAAAUGCAACGCCAGCAAGAGUCGAGGCAGCAGCAGCUGUGCUCCAUAGCUGAAGCUGCCGCAUGCAGCAAACAGAACACGGCGGCUGCCGUCCACGAUAUGCUUCUGGCGAGGAAGUACCAGAGACGCGCUUACCGGCACUCCUUGAUGAUGCUCGGUGCACUUGUAGCUCUUUUUCUGUUCUUCUUUAUGCCCACGUCGCCGAUACUACCUUUGCUGUUCUGGCUCCACGGCGAGUCGCCACCGCCUGCUCCUCCAGUAGCCUAGUUUAGAACAUGCCAGAGCACGCACAGCGAACCGGGAAACCAGCAAGCUCAUUCUGAGGUUGACAACAAAGUGCAAUCUAUAUUUUGCAAAGGGAAUGUUUUUUUGCGUUGCUUCGUCGGUGUGACAAAAGCGUUAGCAACUCGGGCAAUAACUACGGCUUACAGUCAGCCACGCGUUCGUGUCGGCGCGAUGUGUGUAAAUGAGAUUGAAGGGGAGUUCACCUUUGAGUCUGGACUCAAAGGUUACGGACGCUCCUGAAUAGAAGAGCGCGGAUGUCGACUAGCCAAGAGACUGUUAAGUGUUCAGUGUCUUCCUGCGACCAGCGCGUAAAACCGUCGCACGUCUCAUGUUGAAUGAAACUUCCCGUGUACGUGCAUCUUAUUGUAGCAUAUGAUUGGAAACAAUGUGUUACGUAGCUGUUGUAAUUUCGCAGUUUUUACUGUGUUGCGUCGGCAACGGAAACGGCUGCAAGAGUUCCCAGCCUUGUGCUACUCGUUGUAUUCCUUCGCUCGACGCGGUUCUGACUAACAAAGACUGAUGCACGUCUCGCCCGUUUCGUUGACUCGCAAACAUAUUCUUUUUCAGCCAACGUCUUAUUCGCUAGCUAAUGUUUGCCGCGUGCGG